AUGGCGGACCCUGUCGUCGCGCUCUUGGUCGAGCAAAAGACUCAGGUGGGAUCGGACCCUGCCGUGGCUCCCUCUCCGGCCCCCGUCUGGGAGGAAAGCGCCCACUACCCGGUCUUCGACCCCCAGGAUCCUCGACACAAUCCGGCCGGGCCUCGGUCAUCCUGGAUGAAUGAUAAUUACUAUUUGUUCCAGACUCCGAGCCCCCAGGAUUCCGUCCGCUGGAUGCAAAGCCUGCCUAGAAGAUCCAUCCAAAAGGCGCGACUAGGUCUGGGAGCUCUCCGCUCUGGCAUGCAGAGACGAACCUCUCGCUUGGGUGAACGGAGCGACUCUCAGGUACCCCCAACAUGGCGAGCUGAACCGAUUUCGGGGUCUUUAGACCAGCGGGAGGGCUCGUUCCCUUCGUCGGUCUCGGAUGCUAGCACCGAGGAAGACUAUGAGUUCGGUAGCAGACUGCAUCGCACCAGCUGCAACUAUUCCUCUUCUUCGUCUCGCGGGGAUAUAGAAAAGUACAUGAUGAGCAUAAGGGCUUCAAUCUCGCCUCCGGAAAUAUUUGUUUCCCCUAGAUCGACGAUGGAUCGGAUGGACCCGUCCGAUCUUUGUCUGGACGGAUGUGGGGGGGACGGUCCAUCGGCAAACACUGAUGAAGUGCGAAGUGUGGCAACCGGAGGACCAGGAGCGUCGUUUGUAGAGAGUCGUACUGGUUCGAGUCGCUUCUAUGCAAAUGGAGCUGCUAGUCGCCCGGCGGGUUCCAAUUCCGUCAGCCUGAUCUCACCCUCGGGCAGUCCCAACGGUUCAUCGCCGCCCAGUCUGACGGCCCAUGCCGAUAGCCCUAUCCCGGAGUCAGGGUCGCCGCUGCAUCAUGACAUGGCCAGCCCUGAAACAACCCAGGAGGUCGGCGACGAACCAGAGCAGUCAGAACCCAUUUCAGAAAGAGCCUGUGUUCCCAGACCGAGUGAUUCCCACGGUGACGAAGCCGGAAUGCCAACAGACGCGGUCAUAUUCUUGGACCAGCCACGCAAUGAGAGUCCCGAGGCUGCCAAACCCGAGUAUGAAAGCGGACGGGCAGAGCCCUUAGACACUAGCCCCGAGAAUCUCGGAGAGAACCAGCCAUUGAAUGUGCAAGUGCAAUCGAGUAGCAGCCACGCCGAACCGAACGAGUUGAAUGAGGACAACGACUCGCCUGUGGACCAAGCUGACUUCAGCGAAUAUAGUCACUUUUUUGGGGAACAAGCCCAGGAGUAUCUCGGGCAGGAUGUGCCUGCGGAAAUGGAUUCUAGGCGCAACAGUUCCUUACACCCACCUGUAAUUGCCUCCAAUGAAAACGAGGACAAGCUGUCGGCUCGAUCUAUUCGAUCCCUUCGAGACGAGUACUUCUAUGUCGACGGCAAGUCAGGCGGUCUCCAUCCAGAUCGGGGCCAGAGCCCUACAAAGGCUGAGCGACGGCUUCGAAGCGAUGGCAGUCUAUACAGCGGGCCCGGUUUGGACCGUAGCCUGUCGGCGCGGACACAGGACGUUCCUGAAAUCAUUGGCCCUGGACGGCCUCCAACUAUUGAUCUGCCGCUGUAUCACGGCGAUCGCGACGGGAGCGAUUCGAGCGAUGAAUACAUCGCGGCGACGUACCCCAUUUGGCAACGACACUAUUUUUCUUGA